AUGUCUUUCUCCUCCUUUGGUACGCCUAACCGGAGGAAGAAUACUAGUGUUUGCAAAUUCUUCGGGAACGGUGGCUGCAGAAAAGGCGAAAGAUGUGAAUUUAAACACGAAGGGGGAGGUGUGCCGGCCAACUCCUCUACCUCGUGGCGUUCCGGGGAUAGCCGUGGAAACCGGGGUAUGAGCUGGGGUCCUGGAAGAGGAAGAGGACAGAGCUUUCAAUCUGAUCGUGGAGGGGGAUCGAACCGUGGAGGGGGGUCGAAUCGUGGAAGGGAAUGGGAUCGUGGAGGAGUUUCUCUUGGAUCAGAACCAUCUUCAUCUGGGAAAAGAGUAUCCGAGUUAAGCAUCCGGCCUUCUCGACCGACCCAGAACGGAGAGGGCUGGGUAAGAUAUGGAGAUUGGGAAGAUAGGUUUGGUAUGCAUACGAAGCAAAGUGCCUCCACAAUGAGAUGCUUUUGGGAAGAGGCGUUGGAAAUUGUGGAAGGAUCGGAUCCCAAUCUUAUCCAAAAGGUUGUAGGGCGGUUGAUUGCAAAGGAUAACAUCGGUCGACAAUUGAUAGAGCAGGUAGUGAAGAAUGGUUAUUCGGGCUCUCGACCUGUCCUUGAUUAUCUAUUAAUCUCAGUUCCUUUCCUUCUCGUACUCACUCACCCGGAUCUCAUCAAUUCCCUUUCAAUAGAUCGCCAGGUCGGGACAAUCUACAACUAUCUAUAUGGAACUGAUGGAAGCACCUGCCUCACCUUUUUUAGAAACCUUGCUACACAGCUCGAAAACGAGGCGGCGAUCGAUGCCCGAAAAAGCGCCAUAUGGAAAUCUGCUGAUGUCGGGAAACCCAUGAGCUUCUCAAAGGCACUUGCUUGCAUUGUAGAGGGGCUUCGACACACUCUGAAGCGUAACGUUCAUGCCGGGUUCAAUGAGGACUAUAAAACCCUUGCUGAAUCUUACUGUGCUCUGGCACGUCUCGUCACUCAAAAUGACGAGUUUUAUCCAUCUAUCAAUAGCUCUUUGACAGAAAUCAUCGGUAUUCAUCGAAGAGCCAAUUUGAUUAUCGUACUUCCUACAGCAACACCCACGAAAGACGAAGAGGGGAGAGUUGUUGUAUCCUCUUUUCCAGUGGAGGUCGAUUACCCGGGAUAUUUAUCAACGCAGGGUCGCAGACACGAUAACGAUCUUGUGUCCAUUCGUCAAAUCCAGAUUCUACCCACCCUCGAAGAGAUACUUAGCCCGAGAAUGGGGUAUCUUCCCUACAAGAACACUUCUUACCCGCACUUCCUGGAUGGUGUUGACCGACUUUUUGAUACUCAUUUUCGCCUCCUCCGCCAUGAUAACGUUGCAGGCCUGAGAGAUGCUGUUGGCAAGGUUUUCAACAUACUUCAACUCCCACCUCAAGAAAGGGCCACUGCAAUGAAGAAGGCAAGUCUUGGAAAUAUGCAGGGGCAUCUCUAUACCGAUGCAUCUGUCGCUUUUGCAAAAUUUGACCAGCGUCAAGGUCUCGAGCUAGUAUUGAAGUUUCAACAACCACCAGCCGCAGCCCAAAAAACACCUGAGGGGCAAAUGGAGUGGUGGGAUAACCAGAAAUCACGGUUUGACCGAGGGACUCUGGCAUGUCUUGUAACCAAGGGGCCCAAUGAUUUUUGCCGUAUUACAUUCUUCACCAUCUCUAAGAAGGAAACCAACCCGUCAAAGGAUGAUGGACUUGCGACUGGGAGAUAUGGCCACAUAUCCGCCCAGCUAGUCCGCUCAAAGAAGGAAGGGGGUCGCGAUUGCAAGGAUAUUGAGGAUUCCGAUAUGGAUUUUAUUCUCGGACGAUUAUCAAGACACGCAGUACCUAUGACUAGCGUUUUAGUUAACUUCCCUAAAAUUAUUCCAGCUACGUUUCUUCCGGUUCUGGAUAAUCUUCAGCAACUCAGUGCACAGGGCAAUCUUCCAUUAUCCCAAUGGAUUACCCCUAGUUCUGAAACGAUGCUGAUAGGCUCUGAUUUCUCCCAGGAUAACCUGCCUCCAGCAUAUUCGCGAGCCACCACUUUUCGUUGGGAUCUCGGCCCUAUCUUGAAAGACCAGUUGAAUGAUCUCUCUUUAUCUCCAACUACCCAACCUGAUGACCAAAUGGUUUUGAAAACUCUGGAGGAAAUGACGACAUUGGAUAGUGGGCAGUGCAAGGCUCUUAUUACGGGAUUGACGAAAGAAAUGUCUCUCAUCCAAGGUCCUCCAGGAACUGGUAAGAGUUAUGUCGGAGUUCAGAUUGUCAUGGUUCUGCUUCACAAUAAGCAAUGGUCAAAUAUUGGACCAAUCGUAUGUGUUUGCUACACAAACCACGCCUUAGAUCAGUUCCUCGAGGAGUUAAAAGAGAAGGGCAUCAAAAAGAUAAUCAGGGUUGGCGGUCAAUCAAAAUCGGAUGAAAUCGCAGGAUUCAAUCUGAAAAACGUUUCUAAGGCGGCGGAGAAAACACGGAACGAAAAGGAUAGUAUAUACGGGCAUCAUCAAAACCUGGAAGCUAUUUCGGAGCAAGCCCAAAUGCUUUGCAGAGAAAUUCGCAAAAAUCCUGAUUCAUGGGACGCCAUAUCUCCGAUCCUAACGAGAGAAUUCCCCAAUCUUCGCUAUCAACUUUUAAAUAACGAGGGUGAAUUUUACAUUAAAGCUCAGGAGCAGGCGUGGGCUGAAAAAAUUGAAGAAAGAAAGGAGGAGAUUGAGAUCAAAGGCGAAAACAGGUGGGUAGCUCCAACUGAGAAUCCAUGGCAAAAUGUCAGUGACGACGCCUGUAUUUGGGAUGCAUGGAGAGGCCUGAAGAGUGGUCCAGUCUGGCAAUAUCGAAAUAGAAAUAUUACUAGUGCUGUUUAUCCUCUACGCACACUUGAAUCAAUUGUCAGUUGUACAGAUAUUUGGUCUCUGCCUUUUGAAGAGAGACGUAUAUUAGUAGAACACCUUUCCAAAAGAGCAGCAGAAUCUAAAAUACGCCGUCUUUCCACCCAAGCUCAAGGAUUUACGAUCGAAGCGGACGAGUUGCAUGCACAAUAUAACGAAGUGGACCGCCGUUGCCUCGAGCAAGCAGAUAUAAUCGGUAUCACGACUACUGGCCUAGCAAAACAGGGUGCACUUCUAAGAAGAUUGCAAUCGAAAGUUGUUAUUUGUGAGGAGGCCGGUGAAGUCUUGGAGGGACAUCUCAUCAAUGCUAUUCUCCCCACAUGCCAACAUCUUAUUCAAAUCGGAGAUCAUCAGCAGCUACGACCCCAAAUUAAUUGUUUUCAAGACCUUUCGUUAGAAAGUAGAGAUGGUACACCCUACAGCCUUGACGAAAGCAUGUUUGAAAGAUUGGUACGAGAAAGACCUGAUCUGGCACCCGCACAGCUUAACAUCCAGCGACGCAUGCGUCCCGAGAUCUCGAGACUCAUUAGAAAUACCUUAUAUCCAGAUCUUCAGGAUUUUCGGAAUGUCAGCGAAUACCCUGACGUCGUUGGGAUGAGGAAAAACGUUUUCUGGCUGGACCAUAUUCACCCAGAAGAAGAGAGUGAUGAUUUUGGCGUUAAAAUGGGAUCACACAGUAAUCACUGGGAGGUUGAAAUGACCCAUGGGCUUGUGCGGCAUCUUGUUCGGCAAUCCCACUACUCCACCAAGGAUAUCGCAGUCUUGACGCCAUACACGGGGCAGCUCCAAAAGCUUCGCCGGGCACUUGGAGCGAGUUUUGAGGUUGUCUUGAGUGAAAAAGACAAGGAUGCUUUGAUCCGAGAUGGCCUGGACGAAAGCGAUAAGCCAAAAAGGGAUUCGAAUGGUAUAUCUGUAAAGCAGGCUACUCUUCUGGAGGCGAUUCGCAUUGCUACGGUUGAUAACUUCCAAGGUGAAGAAGCCAAGAUCAUCAUUAUAUCCUUGGUUAGAAGUAACGAGAAACGAAAAGUUGGUUUUCUUAGAACUACAAACCGUAUCAACGUUCUCCUAAGUCGAGCAAAACAUGGAAUGUACCUUAUCGGAAACGCAGAAAGUGCGGGAUCAAUAGCCAUGUGGCGGGACGUUUGUCAAAUGCUCCGCGAUACCGAGGCCAUUGGAAAAAAAAUCCCUCUUCUUUGUCCCCGUCAUCAAGAGACGCCGAUAGAGGUUGAGGAACCCCAAGACUUUUUACGCAAUGCAAUAGGCUCCAUGAGACCUGCCAACACCCGUGUCAACGGCUUUGUAGUGAGGAUUGCGGACGAUGCGAGACGCUAG